GGGCAAACAAUGGGUUUGUCUCUGUUUGUUUAUGCUGAAUACGGUCGUCUUCUAUAAGUAGCACCGAUGAAAAAUACGUACCGGUAUUCUGUUUUUCGUCUAGACCGCGCAAGACGAUACCGUUGUGUCGAGUGAAUUUAUUCAAGUCCAAACGAUUUAGGAUGGGAAACAAUAUUUUCUUAAAGUUCUUAACUCCGUUGGUUUUGGUGUGCUUAUGCAAUGAAACCCGGGUGUGCGCAGACCCGUCAGAAGCAGAACUCCUGGCCAAUCACCUUUACCGAGAAAAUCUUUGGUAUGGUAUGCCAUGGUUCAAAGGUGUCAACGGCGAACAUAUAAUACAUGAUUAUGCCGGGGCCGCAGCUAAGUUGCGAAUGAUGUCUCCAGUUUUGGCAUGCGCUUACGGCGAAAAAUUGCAUUGGUAUCUGUUUCUGACGCUAAUAACAAUUAAUGAGUGCGACGAGAUGCAGCGAGACAAUAACCAACGCGCCAAAUUUGACGAUUGUAAGGACAAAGUUUUAAGCACUAUCCAAAAGGGUAAAAUGGUUAUAUUUAAGUUGAUGCGCACAUUGCAGUACAUCGACUCCGUAGGCAACAUAAAUAGUGCCAACAACGAAUUUUAUCAAAAACUUUCGCCGCUCCUACCAUUUCUUAUUGGACAAGUCCGCGUGCAAUUCUCAGGCGGCUUGCCAGGAGGCGCACCUUUGCUUCGGCUGUUAAGAGAAGUCGCAGAAUCCAUAGGAGCCUAUUUGGACGAUACAUGUCGACCACCUUACCGUGUAUUCGAUAGUAUCGCAAUGAGGAAUGAAUAUGACAGCGGAAUUCUCCCAAACGAUUACCGCUGCCAUCAUGUGAUGGUUUCUUGACGUACCCUAGUGCCGAACCAGUGACAGUAAGCGCUAACACGCUGCCGCCUUACCCACUCGACCAUUGCUCCUUCCAAGGUAUUACUAAAAAUGUUGUUUGUAUUGAUGAUUGAAAUGAUUUAAUAAAAGUACUAAAAUGCAAAUUGUGCGUUAGAAAUUAAUAUAACUAAUUUUCAUAUGAAUGCGUUAAAACUUCCGUGGAUUGAUACACCAAUUGAGUAAGUUUCGGAUAUAUCCACGGCACAUGUUAUAUGCCGACGUUUCGAACUCUUUGCAGAGUCCAUCUUCAGGGCAAUAGUGGUCUCGACUGUUCACAUGCAUUCAAAUAGGCUACUUUCGUGUCGCUAUUUCAUGUCGUGAUUUUGUGUCAUUUUUGAGCUGGGGAGCAACGCUAAAGCAUAUUUCAUGGUAAAUAUGAAAAAAACAUUUAUUUAAAAAAAAACCAAUCAGACUGUAGGAAAAUGCAAAAAUAAAUUGUUUAAAACAUCAAAUUUUCUUUGGAAUAGGUUGCAAGGUAUUAGAAUAAACCGCUUCCGUUUUGUUCUUACUAGAAAUUUCUAUUUCGCUUAUUUUUAAAAAUGUGUCAUAUUUUAUAAGAAAUAAAAACAGUAAAAGAUAAUUAAUUUAAUUUUUGUAAAAUAAAAAAAAUAUACAUAUUUAAAACUGAUGGCUUGAAUCCCGUAUAUGCUAUCAGUUUUAACCCAAUUUAGAUUUACCUAUAUUCUUAUUGUCCCGCCAAAUAUAGUUUUUAAAACUAUGGAAUAAUAUUAAAGCAACCUCUGAUUGCACAAACUACACAUUACUGAAAAUAGUUUUAAAAAAUCAAAUUAAAUGUAUGCUUGAACGUAGUACAUACUAGUUUUUAUAAAUAUUAUUCUGUAAUAAAUGUUUAACGGUUUAAUAUUUAAAAAAUAACGCUGACACUAAGCAAAUAACGAGUGCGUCAGUUGGUUUAUGCGAAAUACGGUCGUGGCGAAAAUAAACAAUUUGGUAGGCAUACCGUUUUUUCAUCGUAUUUAGACCGCACAAGACACUUGAUGUUCUCUUAGGUGAAAUUAUUCAAUUCAAAAUAUUAUUUAGCAUGGAAAAAACAACUUUCGUGAAGUUCUUAGUUUCGAUUGUUUUGGCGUGCGUGCAAAAUGAUAACAGGGUGUGCGCAGACCCGACAGAAGCGCAACGCCUGUUCGAUCACCUUCAGCAAGCACAACAUUGGGAUGAUAUGACAUGGUUCGAUGGGAUAAACGAUACAUUUGUUAUUGCUGACGGUAACUUAGCCACUGGAGCAGCUGCCAAGUUGCAAAUGAUAUCUCCUUUUUUGGCAUGCGCUUACGGCAACAAGUUGCAUUCGUUUCUCUCAUUGACACUUGUUGCAAUUUGCGAAUGUGACAGAAUGCAACGUGAAAGCAGCGACCACACUGACGAUUGCGAGAAAAAACUCAUGGAGAGUAUGGAAACAGGUAGAUUUGUUAUUUUUUUAUUGAUGGGCACAUUGCAGUACAUCGAUUCUGCAAUCGACAGAGAUAUUGCCGACAAUGUAUUCUACCAAAUUCUGAAGCCAUUCCAAAGUUUUCUCGCGGGAGACGUGCCCGUAAUAUUUUCUGCCGGGGAACCAGGCGGCUUGGUAUUCUACGCAUUGUUUAGUAGAGCUGCCGAAUCCUUAGGCAACUAUUUGAUCCAUACGUGUGAACCACCCAACCAACUAUUCUAUUUGAAGGAAACCGCUGAUGAAUUUUCUAUCGAAGAAUACCCAAGUGGUUUGUACGAUUUCUAUGCGAUCAAAUUAAGUUCAUACGUAGAUUUUAUCAAAGGUCACUUGCUCCGACUUGGUUUUCACUACCACGUGAACGAGAACCGUAUGGUAUUUGAUCCUAGUCAAAGAGGCUAACAAACGAUCGAUUCAGUACUUUAGAAACAUGUAUAUCCGUGUACAAUAGUCCAGGUUGAAUUAUUUAGUAAUUGCAUUAAUUAUUGUUUUUUUUUCUCCCUAGAUAUAGUAACCAAUUUAUAUAAUCUCAAUACAAUUCAUUCGUCAAUGUCAUGUUAUUGUGUUACGAGGUAUUAUGAAAAAUGUUU